CCUUUCGACCCCUCCGAAAGCCGCCCCUUCUCGUUGCCAACGCAGCAGAGUCUCGUUCUCGCCCUCUCUCUCUCCGAUGCACGCAUUAAGUUUGAGCUUCAGCGACAGGGCUGGAGCAGGGAAGAGAGGGAAGGAGGAAAUGGGCAUGCAGCUGAAGGUCAACUGCGAUUACCUACUGCGGCCGCAAUCGAACCUCGCGGGUCGCCCGUUCCUGACACGUUCGGGCCCAUCGUCAUUUCGCCAUUGCGAAGUUCUCCGCAAUUCAAUGCUCGUGACUGGGCGGAGAGAGCUGUCGGUCUUGGUUUGGAUGGACCGGCUGUCGGCGGCGGAGUGGGGAGUAGAAGGCGGAGAAAGAGGAGCGGGUGGUCUGACGUUGUGGUGGUAGCGUCGGGCAAUGCGGCGGCGCCGUCCUGGGAUAGCUGGAAGCCCAGCGAGGCUUCCUCGGCGCCGUCUCUCAGCGACAUCGCUUGGCCUGCCGCAGGGGCAUUUGCUGCUAUGGCUAUAUUUGGAAAGAUGGACCAAAUUUUAGCACCAAAGGGGUUUUCGAUGACAAUUGCUCCUCUAGGUGCCGUUUGUGCAGUCCUCUUCACUGCUCCCUCCUCCCCUGCUGCUCGGAAGUAUAACAUGUUCAUGGCUCAGAUAGGAUGUGCAGUCAUUGGUGUGCUUGCAUUUUCAAUGUUUGGGCCAGGUUGGCUUGCUAGGAGCACGGCUCUAGCUGCAUCUAUUGCUUUCAUGAUCUAUACCCGCGCAACACAUCCGCCGGCUGCAAGCUUGCCGAUACUGUUCAUCGAUGCUGCCAAGUUGCACCACUUGAAUUUUUGGUAUGCCAUCUUCCCAGGUGCUGCUGGUUGCAUUGUGCUCUGCCUGAUCCAAGAGAUGGUAUCUUUCUUGAAGGAGAACGUGAAAUUCUGAUCUGUACAUGGAAGACAAAUUGUUAACUUUGCGGAGCUAGACAUCCACGGAAAGGAAGACCAGGAAAUUUGUACAGAAGCCUGCAGCCGAGAGAGAAGGGCGCCCCCCGGCCCUGGCUCCGGCUCCGGCCCCGAGGCUCGUUCAGUCAGCAACGCAAGGGAAGUUGGUGUAUUGCAUUGUUUGUACAGAUUAUAGAUGAUGGGGUAGAGAAUGUUGUUAGGCAAAUGACCUCCUCUUCUGGCUCAAUCUAUAAGUUUCUGAUUAAUGCAAAUCGGUGGAAUGAGCGUGUGAAAACCCUGUGGAAUGAAGGUGCAAUUAUUAGUUAAUAA